CAGUGGGGAAGACUUCCUUGAUCACCAGGUUCAUGUAUGACAGCUUCGACAACACCUACCAGGCAACCAUUGGCAUUGACUUCUUAUCGAAAACCAUGUACUUGGAGGAUCGAACAGUACGGUUGCAAUUAUGGGACACAGCAGGUCAAGAACGGUUCAGGAGCUUGAUUCCUAGCUACAUUCGUGACUCCACUGUUGCAGUUGUUGUUUAUGAUAUCACAAACGUGAACUCGUUCCAGCAAACCACAAAGUGGAUCGAUGACGUGAGAACGGAGCGGGGCAGCGACGUCAUCAUCAUGCUGGUGGGCAACAAAACAGAUCUCGCGGAUAAGAGACAAGUGUCCAUUGAGGAAGGAGAAAGAAAAGCCAAAGAGCUGAAUGUAAUGUUCAUUGAAACCAGUGCAAAAGCAGGAUACAAUGUAAAACAGCUUUUCCGACGCGUGGCAGCCGCCCUGCCCGGCAUGGAGAGCACACAAGACAAAAGCAGAGAAGACAGUAUCCUUCCCGUGCCGCGCGUCGGGGCGCCGACGAGCAGGGCUAAGAGCGCGCAGGAGGCGGCCUCCCGCCUCUCCUCUCUACAGAAGUGCCAAAAAGGAGGCCGCGAAUUCGGCGUGGGCAGGAGCCAGGGCCACUUGGCCCUUGGUCUGGCCCUGAUGUCCCCGGAGGGUCCCCAGGGCUUUGCCAGCCGCCCAGAGGCUCCUCAGGGUCAGCGCUUCCUUUUCCUCGUGUCCCUGGAACCUCUGUCCCGUAAUCCGGAAGGACGCCAGCGUGGUUCAUGUGAAGGGGGCGUCAGCAGCGGCGAUGCGAGGAGGAGGAUGAGGAAGGCCGGAGGAGGAGGAGGAGGGUGA